AUGGAUUCCGGAGAUGAGCACAGGAGUGUUAAAGGUGAUUUUAGUGGAGGUAUGAAGCGUAUUACUAUUCCUCCGGCUUCUGGUGAUGAUGGUUCUAAUUUGGAUGAUGAGGAGGGGAUUAGAUAUCUUGAUGCGGCUAAAACCGAGGAGGAUAAAAGAAAUGCCGUUCUGAUGCAGCAAGCAGUUAUUAGACAGGUAUCUAAUACUCUUUCGAUUGCAAGAGUAUCAGCUAUCAUCUUGCUACGACACUACAACUGGGAUGUUGAUAAAGCGCAAGACGCUUGGUUUGCCGACGAAGAAAAAGUUCGCAAGGAUGUUGGGUUGUUAGAGAAGCAAGAGAAAAUCGAACUACCGAUUCAAAACACCGAGAAUACAAUCAAGUGCAGGAUCUGCUUAGAUGAGUUCGCUCGCGAUUUUAUGUCUGCUGCUGCGACUUGCGGUCAUCUCUUUUGUAAUUUGUGUUGGACACAAUACGUUAUUGCUAGUCUAAAGAUUAGUGACGAACCUGGGAGUUUGCAGUUGGGAUGUCCUGAUCCAUCUUGUGUUGUUGGUGAAGACAUGGUUUAUGAAUUGGUUUCUGAUGAAGACAGGAUGAAGUAUUCUCAAUAUCUUCAUAGUUCACAUUACGAAGCUAAGAAAAGGGCUAAACAGUGUCCUAGUCCAGGCUGUGAGUUUUCUGUUGAAUUCGUCCUCGGUAGUACAAGUUACGAUGUUUUUUGCCGUUGCGGACAUAGCUUUUGCUGGAACUGUGUCGAGGAUGCACAUCGCCCAGUGGACUGUGAUAUGGUCCACAAGUGGGCGGUGAAGAAUAGUGCUGAGUCUGAAAACGUAAUUUGGAUACUAGCCAACUCAAAAUCUUGUCCAAAGUGCAAACGACCAAUUCAGAAAAACAAGGGGUGUAUGAAGAUGACAUGCCCUUGCGGGUUUCUAUUCUGCUGGCUCUGCCUUGGUGAUUGGUCGAUUCAUGGGAAGCAUACAGGUGGUAAUUCUGCGUGUAAUAUCUAUGAGCAAGCGAAAGCAAAGGGACGAUAUGACGAGGAAGAAAACAUACAAAAUAAGGCUAAAGAUUACUUGGAUAGAUAUGCCCUUUUCUACGGAAAAUUCACAGAACACCAGAGGUCGAGGCUAAAGGCAGGUGAACGCAUGCGGAAAAUGCAAUCUGAGGUUUUAAAAGAGCUUAGCAACCGAUAUCUCUUGCCUGAGACACAGCUUGGGUUUAUUACAGAUGCCUGGCUGCAAAUCAUCGAAUGCAGGCGUUUUGUGAAGUGGACCUAUGCCUAUGGAUAUUACUUACCUAACAGAGAAAAGUUCAAAAGAAAGAUCUUUGGGUAUUGGCAACAUGAAGCUGAGUCCAUGUUGGAAACGCUCCAUCAAUGUGCAGAAGUGGAAUUACAAACCUAUCUCAAGGAAUGUUAUGACGAAGAUGAACCCAAAAAAGACUUCGACGCUUUCCAUAUCAAGCUAGUUUGUCUGACCAGUGUCACAAGGAAGUACUUUGAAAACCUGGCUCGUGCUCUAGAGAAUGGUGUUCAAAUGCAGACUCACGAUAAGGUGUCUAACGAAAAACAGGAGCUGGAGGAGAUGUUACAAGUUAGUGGAGAAAUGUAG